AUUCUUGGGUGUAUAAUGUGGGUUUCGGUAAUUCAAUUACAAACUCAGGUCCAGCGUUGAUCAAAUUGUGUGUAGUCAGGUAUUACAAUCACAGUAGCCUACUCCUAGUCCCUGUAUUUAUUCUGAAAAAGUCUGCACUUGUUUUGUCUUAAGAGUUAUAAGAGUUAAAACAAAGCUGAAACUUCUUAAAUUGACCUAGGCGUCAUUCCGUAAACCUUUCCGAUUUUCUUCUAGAUCUACCGUACCUCCAGUCCUUGUUUUACUGUAACCGUACCUUGUACCUUUGUUUACACCUGAUUUUACAGAGGGAAUAAAACAAUGUCACGUUUGUUCAAGAAAAUGUUAAACUUAACUAUAAGGAUUGGUGUCUUGGUCUUGCACAAUGUUCUAAGUUUAACUUGAAAAACUGGAUAUCUGUCAAAUUGUUAUUUUGCAACAGUGCACGGCGCGAUCAGAUAGUUAUCUGUUUAUUCACGCAAAGUAUUAGAAUACAGUUCAGCAACCUGGUGUCAGAGCAUUUCGUAUUAUUCUGUACGUAAAUCCGCAUUUAGUAUAUGUUAUACUUCAUAUGGUAUGAAUUAAUUUGUGGAUGCCCAUCACCCAUUUAGUAUGAUUAUUUACAAAUUACAUUUGUAUUAUAUGUUAUGAAUUUGUUAACAUACAAUAUGUUACGAAUUUGCAAAACGUAUAUGUUAUGAAUUCUAGCUAGAUGGCUACCUCACUAUCAUUAUCUAGGCUAGGGAUUAGGGUUAUGGUUAAGUUUAGGAGUUAGGUUAAAGGGUAAAGGUAAGAGUUAGCUAAAAUGGUUAAGGUUAGGGGAAGUGUUAGCUAACAUGCUAAGUAGUUCCAAAGUAGCUAAAAAGUAGUAAGUAGUUGAAAAGUUGUUCGUGAUGAGAUUUGAACUCGCAACUUUUGGGUUGCUAGACAUUCGCGUUAUACCCAUCCACCCUGACCAACUCCCCUCCUUUAGUUUUUGACUUAAGUAACCAUCUGUCUUAUGUAACCAUAGCAAAUGUAAAAUCUUAUUAAAAGGAGUGUCUCGGAUUUCGUUCCAGAAUAAUACGAAAUGCUUUGAGACCAGGUUGAGUUCACACACUCAACCUGCACUCUGCUGGAUUACACAUACCUUUUUGUGGCAGAAACUGUCCCAUAAUAGGCCUAAGGGGGUAGAAUCAGUGGAGGCAACUACUGUCAGUAAGCCUAUAUCACAUCUGGCACAAGGUGUCUAGUAUAGGGCUCCCGAGUGGCACAGUGGUUUAAGGCACUGCAUUUCAGUGCAAGAGGCAUCACUGCUGGUUCGAAUCUAGGCUGUAUCACAUCCAGCCGUGAUUGGUAGUCCCAUAGGGCGGUGUACAAUUAGCCCAGAAUUGGCCGGGGUAGGCUGUCAUUGGAAAUAAUAAUUUGUGCUUAACUGACUUACCUAGUUAAAAAAAUAGAAAACAGUAGUGCCUAGCUCUGUGUAGGGGAUUUCAGUGGUUAGCUUUGGCCACAGCUCUGUGUGAACUGCAAUUACAAUGCUGUGUUUAAACAGUUUUUCGAAAUAUAUGGCCCUUAUCUUUCAUAUCAGCAAGAAAGAAUCUUUCAAAGAAAAAAGCCUGUUACUGUAGCAGAUUUGCACAGAUCCAUACCAUGUGUGUGGUCAUUUCCAUGUAAAAUUUUAUAGGAGCAUAUCAAAUUGGGUGUGAAAUGAAAGCUAUGAGUCUUUAAAAAAAAUUAUAAUGGCAUGUAUACAUUUUUCAACCAUAUUACAUUCAAAAAAUGUGGAAUAAGCAAAGGUUUUGAUUUAUUGUCAGGUGAAAAAGGGGUUUAGAAAAUAUCUACCAGAAAAGGUCUUAAUGUAUUAGACAUACCCAUGCCAAGUUAUCAACACUUACAUUUAGUUCAUGAUGUUUUUUCUGCCUUCUGUAAGUUUAAGAAACAUUGCCUGGUGUCUUGAAAUUCCGUUACAAAAAACCCACCUGUCUUUAAGAUAUUCCUCAUGCGGGAGAAUAAUGAACGUUUACAGAAGUAACAAGUAAAGGUAGACCUAUCAAUUAGUUAGUGUUUUUACAGAUAUUCAUUUUGAUUAGGAAUUAUUACCAAAUUGGUAACAGAUUUGCAAAAAAUCGUUAACGAAGUUCUGCAAUUUAAUUGGCUACAAUAGGAAAUCAAAGUAGUCACAAACCACAAUUGAGUCACUGGCCACUUUCCUCUGAUAACUGUUUUCUUUCUGUCGUCUGGACAAAGCAAGAGUAAAAAUUCUGGACAAAUGAACCCUGGCUUUGAUUUCAACGUCCAGACAUCUGAACCGGCCUUCAUUUGGCACAAACAUUAAUCUUGUACGCAGACACUUCCGGCUUAAUCGGCCAACCAAUCAUCUCCCACAAACCCUUCCCCUUAACCCUCCCAGUACAUUAGCACACCACAAGCACAGAGCCACGCCUUGCACUCGUGUGAUUCACUAAAAUGAAGUGAUGACAAAUACAUUACUCGGUAGGUUUUACUCCCAUAGAAUUCUAUGGUCACUCCCACUAACACCAACUUUCAGUUGUUGAUACCCCAGGCUUAUAUGCGCUGUGCUCAAUAGCCUGGGGACUAGGUUAGCCAAGCAUAGACGUUGAUGAUUGUUUCAAAUUUGGUCCGGUCCGGACGGAAGUUUGGACAGCACAGUAAAGUACAGUAAACAAAAGUAUAGUUCAGUAGAGUAGACUAUAGUUCACUACAGUUAGUUAUUAGGAUCCAAACUAGUCACUGUACAUGCAGCAGCUACUCUUUCUGGGGUCCACAUAAACAUACAAGUGCAUGACAAAGUACAGAACAGUUAUAAACGAGAACAACAUAAGAUAUUACAUGAAAUUCUAUAUAUAAAAUAAGAGUUAUAAGUUGGAAAGACACCAAGCGACAACAAAAAUACAAUUUACACACUAUUCCAAUAUACAUAUACAUAUUCCUAUUCCUAUGUACAGUAUAGUUAAAUUAGAACUGUAGAAAGAGGAUAGGCAUUGUGAUACAUUGUUUUCAUUAAUCUGUUUUCUAAAGCGAAACUUGCUUUUUGCCUGACUAACCUCUGGUGGCAGAGCAUUACAUAACUGAGGGACGCAUGAGUUCUGUUUUUGUUUUGGGUAUGGUGAAGAAACCCAUAGUGGCGUGUCUGGUGGGGUAUGUACAGUACCAGUCAAAAGUUUGGACGCACCUACCAAUUCAAUGUUUUUUCUUUAAAAAAAACUAUUUUCUACAUUGUAGAAUAAAUAGUGAAGACACAAACUAUGAAAUAACACAUGUAGUAACCAAAACAGUGUUAAACAAAUCAAAAUAUAUUUUAUAUUCUUCAAAGUAGCUACGCUUUGCACACUCUUGGCAUUCUCUCAACUAGCUUCACCUGGAAUGCUUUUCCAACAGUCUUGAAAGAGUUCCCACAUAUGCUGAGCACUUGUUGGCUGUUUUUCCUCACGCUGCUGUCCAAACCAUCUCAAUUGGGUUGAGGCCAGGUCAUCUGAUGAAGCACUCCAUCACUCGCUUUCUUGAUCAAAUAGCCCUUACACAGCCGACAGGUGUGUUGGGUCAUUGUCCUGUUGAAAAACAAAUUAUAGUCCCACUAAGCCCAAACCAGAUGGGAUGGCGAAUCGCUGCAGAAUGCUGUGGUAGCCAUGCUGGUUAAGUGUGCCUUGAAUUCUAAAUACGUCACAGACGGUGUCACCAGCAAAGCACCAUCACACCUCCUCCAUGCUUCACGGUGGAAACCACACAUGCAGAGGUCAUCCGUUCACCUACUCUGUGUCUUUGCAGCAAUUUGAGGCCUGAUUCACACAGUCUCCUCUGAACAGUUGAUGUUGAGAUGCGUCUGUUACUUUAUUUGGGCUGCAAUUUACGAGGCUGUUAACUCUAAUGAACUUAUCCUCUGUAGCAGAGGUAACUCUGGGUCUUCCUUUCCUGUGGCGGCCCUCAUGAGAGCCAGUUUCAUCAUAGCGCUUGAUGGUUUAUGCGACUGCACUUGAAGAAACUUUCAAAGUUCUUGACAUUUUCUGGAUUGACUUACAUUCAUGUAUUAAAGUAAUGAUGGACUGUUACUCUUUGCUUAUUUGAGCUGUUCUUGCCAUAAUAUGGACUUUGUACCAAAUAGGGCUAUUUGUCACAACACAACUGAUUGGCUCAAACGUAUUAAGGAAGGAAAUUCCACAAAUUAACUUUUAACAAAGCACACCUGUUAAUUGAAAUGCAUUCCAGGUGACUACCUCACGAAGCUGGUUGGGAGAAUACCAAAAGUGUGCAAAGCUGUCAUCAAGGCAAAGGGUGGCUACUUUGAAGAAUCUCAAAUAUAAAAUAUGUUUAGAUUUGUUUAACACUUUUUUGGUUACUACAUGAUUCCAUGUGUUCUUUCAUAUAUUUGAUGUCUUCACUAUUAUUCUACAAUGUAGAAAAUAGUACAAAUAAAGAAAAAUCUUUGAGUAGGUGUACUUUUGACUGGUACUGUGUGUGUCUGUUUUGAAGUGUAUGCAAAUGGAUUAUUCAAGUCGUUUGGCAUUUUCAACAUGUUUCUUAAAAAGACUAGAAGAGAAGUAGUACAUUUCUCCUCAAACCUCAACCAUGAAAGACUCAUGCAUGUUGUUGAUGUUAGUUCUUUGUGAAAGCUUGGCCCCAGUGAUGUACUGGGCUGUACGCACUACCCUCUGUAGCGCCUUACGGUCAGAUGCCGAGCAGUUACCAUACCAGGCUGUGAUGCAACCGGUCAGGAUGCUCUCGAUGGUGCAGCUGUGUAACGUUUUGAGGAUCUGGGGACCCAGAAUGUUUUCAGUCUCCUGAGGUGGAAAAUGUUUUGUUCUUCACGACUGUCUUGGUGUGUUUGGACCAUGAUAGUUCGCUGGUGAUGUGGACACCAAGGAACUUGAAGCUCUCAACCUGCUCCACUACAUCCCCGUUGAUGUUAAUGGGGGCCUGUUCAGCCCGCCUGUUCCUGUAGUCCACGAUCAGCUCCUUUGUCUUGAUCACGUUGAGGCAGAGGUUGUUGUCCUGGCACUACACUGCCAGUUCACUGACCUCCUUAUAGGCUGUCUCAUCGUUAUCGGUGACACUGUUGUGUCGUCAGCAAACUUAAUGGUGUUGGGGUCGUUUGGCCAUGCAGUCGUGGGUGAACAGGGAGUACAGGAGGAGACUAAGUACACAACCCUGAGGGGCCCCAGUGUUGAAAUUCAGCGUGGCCGAUGUGUUGUUGCCUACCCUUACCACCUGGGGGUGGCCCGUCAGGAAGUUCAGGAUCCAGUUGCAGAGGAAGGUGUUUAAUAGCUUUAGCUUAGGGAUGAGCUUCGUGGGCACUAUGGUGUUGAACGCUGGGCAGUAGUCAAUGAACAGCGGGUGUUCCUUUUGUCCAGGUGGCAAAGGGCAGUGUGGAGUGUGAUUGCGUCAUCUGUGGAUCUGUUGGGGUGGUAUGCGAAUUGGAGUGGGUCUAGGGUAUUGUCGAGGUAGGUUCCUUGUCAAUCAUUGGCUUAUUGGUGAAAUCAGCAGUCAGACAAUAUCAUCUUUAAGUAAAUCAAUCAAACCUUUAUUAAUGCAAUUGCAGACAGAAGUGACGAUGGAAACACAGCACGUAUGUUUCACAAUAGGUUUCCAAGACCGUACCGCAAGCGAUCCAUGUUAACGUUUAGAGCAAGCAUCGGGGCUCUCAACAAAAGUCACCCAAGAUACCUUCAUCAAAAGGCGCUCAAGCCGCCAUGGAGAGCAGUGGCAGGGGAAACGCGUGCGACUACAGCCACAACGUCACCUUCUUCUACGAUUUCGUAGGUAAGGAGAUCAGCAGACACUGGCGUGUCAGGGACUGUGUGGUAGUGGUCCUGGGCCUGACCAUCUGCCUCAUUAUGAUCCUGUCCAACAUAAUGGUGAUGGCGGCCAUCUUGAUCAACCGACGCUUCCACUUCCCCAUCUACUUCCUGCUAGCCAACAUGGCCGCUGCGGACCUGUUCGCCGGCUUGGCCUACACCAACCUCGUGCUCAACACAGGACCCUGGACAAUCAGGCUGUCCAAGCAGCAAUGGUUCAUUAGGAAUGCUCUGGUGGACAUGAGCCUGACGGCGUCUGUGGCCAACCUGCUGGCUGUGGCGGUGGAGCGUCACCAGACCAUAAUUACCAUGCAGCUGCACAGCAAGAUGACCAAACGGCGGGUAGUGCUGCUGAUCGUGUGUAUCUGGGCAGUGUCUAUCAUCAUGGGGCUGGUCCCUUCCAUGGGGUGGAACUGUGAGUGCCAGCUUAGCGACUGCUCCGUCAUCGCCCCGCUCUACAGCCGCAGGUAUAUGAUCUUCUGGGCGUCUCUCAACCUGCUCACCUUUUCUGUCAUGGUGGCUGUGUACGCACGCAUCUAUGUCUACGUGAGACGUAAGGGUAACCGGAUGUCUCAGCACAGCUCCCACCAUCUGAGGCACAACGAGACUGUCUUUAACCUCAUGAAGACUAUCUCUAUUGUACUGGGCGUGUUUGUCAUCUGUUGGACACCGGGCCUGAUGACUCUGUUGCUAGAUGGGAUCAUGGGUAAAGACAGCCAUGCCUUGACCUAUGAGAAGUACUGUCUGAUCCUGGCUGAGUGUAACUCCCUGGUUAACCCUAUUAUCUACUCCUUCCGGGACGAGGAGAUGAGAAGGACCUUUAAGUGUAUCCUGUGCUGCCUGUGUAGGAGGAGCUCUGAACACCAGGGGGAGCAGUCCCCUGUGGAGUUCAACACACUGCAACCAGAGGUAGAUAAUGGUUGUGAAGUAAAAUCAGAGAAAGCCAACUUUACUGCCCUCCAACUGAUAAAGACAGAGUGGUGACAAGCCUCUUCACCCUGACAGCUGGAUUCAAUCAUAUUGACACCAUGGACAUUAAGAUCUACAGCCACUCGUGAAUUUAGGCCUCUAUUCAAUCUGUCGCUGAAGCGUUACAAAUUGCAAGGUGAUUUCCGAUUGACAAUAUGCAGCGUUAACUGUGAAUGCGUCUCUGCUAAUGCUGGAACCUUGCGUUUAAAUUUAAAUCACUGUUACGCUGAACUUCCGUGAUACAGAUUGAAUAAAGCUGUUAGUGGGGUUGAAACAGGAGGACAAUGGACAAGCACUGGACAAUAUGGUUAUUUAAAACGCCAUACUCUCAUGUGUACAUUUUGGGAUGCUUGUUUGUACAGUAUGUUUUGUUUAUAUAGAUGCGUUACACUAAUACUGAGAUAUUCAGAAACAGCCAAACUGUCUAGGGAAAGACUACCUCCAUGUGCCACAGUUCAAUUAUGUGAUACAUAACGAGCCAUGAGAUGCUUUAAAAUACCAGCAUGGGGAUAUAGGGAAGCCUGGAAUUUAACCUGAAAAUCACCCUUUCACUAUUUACUAGAAAUGAAACUGCAUGACAUUCGAUCAUGCAUACAUUUUGCGUACGGGUGGUCCUGUGAAUAGAACCCACAACCCUGGCAUUGCAAGCUCCAUGCACUAUAUACGUUACCAACUUAGCUACAGAGGCGGGUUUCAAUUAUGAAAAACGGAGUUUGAAUGUAUUUGGCUAAGGUUUAUGUAAACUUCAACUGUGUAAAACCAUCAAAGGGUGUCAUUUUUGUUUAAAAUGUCACAAGAGCAUAGAUAUGACUAAUCAUAAAAAUAAAAACCAACCCCAAAUAAUGAAAAGCACAAUUAUUUUAUUCAUUUUUUUUUCUUCUAAUAAGGAACACUACAACUUGUCAUUCUUUUUACUCGUUCUAGAACAAUUCUAAAGUUGAGGUAUAAAAUAAGUUCGUACAGACUCGCAGGUCUUGAAACAGUGGGGUAUUAUAUACAAGAGACAGAGGUAGAGACGAGAGGGGGUAUUUAAAAUACAAGGGGACGAAGAAGAGGGAGCAAUAUACAAAGAUACUAACAAAACAAAGUGACACAUUAAAAGGGUUUAAUGUAUCGUUUGAUUUGGUGCUGUGGAAUUCUACGGUCGCAGAUAGAAUAUUCUGUGGUAGAAUCCUACAGUAGGUGACUCACUAUUGGCUCAACCUGUAUAGGAAUAGCUCCAUUUUUACGUUUAACUGUAUCGUUAGUAUAAAAUACUUGGAGAAAAAAAAGGGUCAAUCCAGACAAAAUGGCCGAAGUUAAAUGGACAAGGGACUUCUAAAAAAUGUGAGAGAGACUUUGUUCCCCAGUUGAGGUAAGGGCCGAUUAAAUGCAUUCACGGUAUAUGCCAGCAAUGGCGCGGGCAUUAAUUCAGCGGUUAUUGCUAAAAUGCGGUUUCACAGAAGUUCCAAUUGGAAUUCACACAGUACCAAACAAAACUACAAUACCCAUAACCCCAAUUAACAAAAAAGACCAAGUUAAAAUAGGCAAAUAAUCAUUCAAAAAAUAAUAGUUAACUUGACCCCAACCUCAGGAGAACAUUAAAGACCAAACAAUCAGGCAACUCACCCAAAAAUAAAGCAGAGGGUUUAUAAAAAGAGAAACGAACAUUCCACAAUCUGUACAGUGACAUCCAUUUACGACUGGUAGAAAAAGACAAGACUAAUUUGGUGUAGUAGUGGUAAGAUAUAAUAAGCUAUAUGAAAUGUUUAUAAUAACAGUAAACAAGGACACUAAUUUGGGUAAUACAAUAUAAGAGGUCUCUGUAACGAUGUAUGUAUAUCUGUUUAAUAUAUAGUUUGUCCUUUAUCAAAAUGCCCGGUACUCUUAACAGUUGAUGUAUGAUUGUAAA